GCUACUUCGACGUGCACAGUAAGAUGGACCCGGCUUUGGUGCACGUGGAGGAGGGAAAGGUGGACUCUUUCUACUCAUCGACCGAGUACAACAACAAGAACGCGACCAACCAUCUCGAGGCGCAGCAAUACUGCGCAAGCGGAUCCGUGGAAGCCAAAGCGCUGGUGGAAAAGUUUCUCGCCGAGCAAAAGGGAUUUAUCGCAGAGAAACUAA